UGAAGAGCGCGAGCUGAGACAGAGCACAGGAAAGGCGGCUAGAGGGAGGGCAGAGGCAACGGCCCUCUUCUGGAGGGGGGGGCUUAUUAGAACAAAUAUAUACACACAUGUGUGAACUGCUUGGCCGUACUGUAGGUCAUAUGUGGCUAACAGUAAAUUUAGACAAGCAUACAAGAGCGGCUUUACAUUUAAAAUGCCUAUUUUAGUUUUUCUGUUAGACACGUCCGCCUCUAUGAAUCAGCGCACUUAUUUGGGUACGACGUAUCUGGACAUUGCUAAAGGCGCGGUUGAGGUCUUUAUGAAGCUGCGUGCCCGAGACCCGGCUAGUAGAGGCGACAGGUACAUGCUAGUUACAUUCGAUGAGCCACCAUACGGAGUGAAGGCAGGCUGGAAGGAGAAUCACGCCACCUUCAUGUGUGAGCUGAAGAACCUGCAAGCGUCCGGGUUGACCACUUUAGGCCACGCUCUCCGCACAGCGUUCGACCUGCUUAACCUCAACCGCCUUGUCUCAGGCAUAGACAAUUACGGACAGGGGCGUAACCCUUUCUUCCUUGAGCCAUCUGUGAUCAUCACAAUCACUGAUGGCAACAAACUCACACACAGCUCAGGGGUCCCAGACGAGCUCCACCUGCCUCUAAACUCGCCUCUGGCUGGGAGCGAGCUGACCAAAGAGCCCUUCCGCUGGGAUCAGAGACUGUUUGCACUGGUGCUUCGCCUCCCAGGAGCAGCAACGGCAGACAACGAGCAGCUCGGUAGCGUUCCCACUGAUGAGUCUGCCAUCACCCAAAUGUGUGAAGUCACAGGAGGGCGCUCAUACUGCGUGCGAACGCAGAGAAUGCUGAACCAGUGUCUGGAGUCUCUAGUCCAAAAAGUUCAAAGUGGUGUAGUUAUUAAUUUUGAGAAAACUGGGCCAGAUCCGCCUAUUGUAGGCGAAGAGAACUCUGAGUCUAGUCGUUCUGUGUCGUCCUUCAGCCCACACUUGUGGCACAGCUGCCACAAACUCAUCUAUGUGCGUCCAAAUCCAAAGACAGGGGUUCCAGUUGGGCACUGGCCCAUCCCAGAGUCCUUCUGGCCGGACCAGAACUCUCCUACGCUGCCGCCCCGGACUGCUCAUCCUGUGGUGCGUUUCUCCUGUGUGGACUGCGAGCCCAUGGUGAUAGACAAGCUUCCGUUUGACAAAUAUGAACUGGAGCCUUCCCCUCUCACUCAGUACAUUCUGGAAAGGAAGUCUCCACACAUGUGCUGGCAGGUGUUUGUUAACAGCAGCGGGAAGCAGAAUGACCUGGGCCAACCCUUUGGUUACCUUAAAGCCAGCACCACUCUCACAUGUGUCAACCUCUUUGUCAUGCCUUACAAUUACCCCGUGCUCCUCCCACUCCUCGAUGACUUGUUCAAAGUGCACAAACUAAAACCAAACCUUAAGUGGCGACAAGCCUUUGAGAUGUACCUGAAGACCAUGCCUCCGUACUUCCUUUUACCUUUAAAAAAGGCCCUGAGAAUGAUGGGUGCACCUAAUUUAAUCGGAGACAGCAUGGACUGUGGUCUGAGUUACAGCGUCAUCUCCUAUCUGAAGAAGCUCAGCCAGCAGGCAAAGAUAGAGUCGGAGCGAUUAAUUGUGUCUGUGGGAAAGAAGGCUCCCCCGGAAACUGGCAUAAGGGUGAAGAACCACUCCAGCUCGCUGUCUCUGGCCCACAGGCGAGACUUUAAACAGCUACUUCAGGGAAUCACUGGGGAGGUUCCGCUUCGCAUGGUGGACAUAAAUGUCAAAGAAUUUGCAGGCUUCCAGAUCGCCCUGCUCAACAAGGACGUAAAACCUCAAGCAUACCGAAAUGCCUACGACAUCCCAAGGCGGAACCUUUUAGAUCAGCUUACUCGAAUGCGCUCUAACCUACUGAGGACAUCACAAAAACUAAUCAGAGGGCAAGAUGAAGAUUACCUGCACAGUAUUCCAGUGGCUCAGAUGGGAAACUACCAGGAGUACCUGAAGAUGAUGCCGUCUCCUCUGAGAGAGAUCGACCCAGAUCAACCUAAACGUUUGCACACGUUUGGGAACCCUUUCAAGCAGGAUAAGAAGGGAAUGAUGAUCGAUGAGGCUGAUGAGUUUGUGGCAGGCCCUCAAAACAAGAAAAGGACAAAUUCUGGUGAUUCCAAUUCUGGUGCCACGCUGAAGAGAAGGCGGAGCAUGUCACCAUUACUACGGCGACCCCAGACUCCACCUGUCGGUACCAACCACAUUGUGAUUGGAAAGAGUCCUGCCGGGAUUCAAGGGCAACAGAAUGUGCCAAAGGUGCUACCAGCACAGCACAAAGGAGUGGAUGGCAAUGUGGCAGACAUCGAGAGUAAUGGUGAUGGACCUCCUGGGCCGGGAUCAGGGGAAAAAUGGCCCAAUGAGAUAGACGUUGUAGCAGAGACACGCCUGGAGGGGAAAAUAGUAGCAGCAGUAGAUCAUGGGGAGGACGAAAACAUGGGCGAGGAGACACCUGUGGUCGAAGAUGGUGAAGAAGACCAGCCGCUAGAGGAGCGAUACAACUGUGAACGUCUGAGUCCACAGAGCCAGAUAGAGAGCAUAGACUCUGAACCGGCUGUGCUGGAAACUAUCUUCAUACCCCCACUAGAUGGCAGUCAGGCAGAGCUGAGGACAAGAGUCAUCAAGGAGGUCCGCAAACCUGGAAGAAACAUGGAGGCAAUACUAGGACUACUGCAGCAGGUGAAAGGACCGGUAAAUGUCCAACGCUACUUCAUCCAACAUGCCAUCAAAGAGGCCUCCAGCUCAUACAUCCCGGUCUGCCAGAGACUAAGAAGACAUAGCAGAAGGGAUCAGUGUAUUAACUGAUCGACUUUGUCGAUAUAUUUAGCAAAUAUUAAUACCCCUCUAGAUUCUUUUUUUCAAAAAGAGCAACUAGAUGUCAGUUGCUAAUAGGAAAGAACAAUAUGCGCUUUCAUGUUAAAGCUUCCAAAAGUGGUAGAUGUUUUGCUAUUUAUGUGUUUGAGAACAAAAUGCCUAAAAGAGUCUGGGUGUGUAUGUUAGGAAAGAGUACAACAUGUUACCCAGCCUGCUUUGUGGUGUGUAGAUGAAGUAAACCACUUACAUGUACUGUAUGUUUGACUAAUGGCUUAAAAGCAGAGGCAAAUUUGUGCAAGAAAGACAAUAAAACUAUGGCUGCCUUAGCAGCAUAAAACAAUAUAGCAAAUGGUACACUGCCAAGAGAGCGUGUUCUUUGAGACAGACAAGAAUUAUUGGCAAAUGAUGACAUCUGGCUCAUGAGCCGCUUUAGGUUCCCUUCAACGCUCGUCCUGGAACUGUGCGCAGAGCUAAUGCCACUUGUAGAGUACAACACAGUGCGGGGCCGUGCACUGCCUGUGCCCACACAGGUGCUUACCACACUGGGGUUCCUCGCAACACGGGCCAUUGCAGAGGGAGCUGGCCGACUGAUAACGACUGUGCCAGUUGACUUUUAGCCACACCGUGCCAGCCGUGUGGGAAAGAAUUAUGGGCAUGUAUAGAAAGAUAUAUUCAUUUACCAUACAAUGCAGUUGAACAGGGUAACGUUAAAGCGCAAUUUGCAGUGACAGCCACUUUUCCAAAUGUAAUCGGAGCUACAAACUACACACACAUUGCAAGCCAUCAUAUGAUGAAUAUGUACAGUGUAUAUCAACAGGAAAGAUAUUCAUUCGAUCAAUGUACAGAUCACAUGCAAUGCACAAUUGCAAUAAAGCAACAUUGUAGCGAUGUGGGCUGGUCCGAUGUAUAAUUCUUACAUUCUAAGUUACAGUAGGGAACAAACUACUUGCUGGCAUUGUGCACUAUUUGUGAUUUCUUGGUGAGUACAUUAAUUUAUGUGAUUGUCCUAAUAGUAACCCUGUGUGAUGCACAUUAAGCUUAAUUACCUCGAAAAUGUUGUAUUCCAUUGUUACAGCAUCAUUACGAGUCAGUGGUUAAAGUUAAUGACUUGCUGUUUUUCCUGGCUAAACUACAUCUUAAGAUAUUUCAAGCAAGCCUGUGUGCAAAGUAGACUCAUGUUAAAGUGCAAGAUGCUAAACCACACCGUUGCCCCUGCACAUGCACUGCUGCACUAACCUGCAACAAUAGUGAAAAUAGACUACAUUUUUACACUCCAGCAAGAAGCACCUCCAGCUCAUUGUCCGUUAAAUUCUUCUCUUUUGCCAUCCAACUCAUUAUUAUCUUUCUAAAUUCUGACUUUCUGAUUGUUUAAGUGGGGAAUCUCAGGCACAUGGCCAAUUUAAAUGUGAUAUCCCUGUUCAAAUGGGGGCGUGGACCGAGAGUGACACAGCCACUCAAACAUGUGAGCUCACUUUCACGUUGAUUGGGCUGUGCAGAAGAAAAAUGCUUGGAAUAAUAAGUGUGAACAUAUUGCAUCUGAAUUUGUUUGUGCUUACGACAUUUUCUGGAUUUGAGCGUACGCAAUUUAGUAGUAGGAAAUCCAUGCGACUCUAAAUACAUGAGGCCCCAGGUGUGUUAAGGAAAGAGGAGUUACCAGCCAUACUGCCAUCUAGGUGAGCUGGAGCCCGAUCCCAGCUGACUCUGGGUAAGAGGCGGAUUACACACCAGAUUGGUCCCAACUCAGCUGUAAGGCACUCCUAGACAACUAGUGGGAGGGAAAACGGGUAUUGCCAAAUGUAUUUGUGGCUGGCCGUGACAAAACACUGCCUUUGCCUAAUCACUACCAGGGGUGUCGCAACACAACAUUUUUCACUUUCGAUACAAUACCGUUAUUGAAGCCUUGAGUAUUAGCUGAUAAGGAUAUUGAUCCAGCACGAUAUCCGCACAAAUCAUACAUACCUUCCUUAUUUAGUUGUGUAGAAUGUCAGAAAAGGCUUGAUCAAGUGAAAUUAGUCAAACUGAGAACAAUGGUAUGAAAAACACCAACCUUUUCUUUAUUAACCAUCUUUAGUGGGCGUAUGUUGUCUUUAAUUAAGAUUGUUUCUUGAUCAAUUAAAGGCACGAUGCAGUAAGUUAAAUGAUAAGGACAUGUUACUUAAUGCGUUUCUGCCUUGGAGACUUUGAAUAUGGAAGUAAUAUGCAACUAUAAUUAUUUGAUAAUGGUUUAUAUUGAAAAAUGUGGUGUUUUAGACUGCAAUAUUGUUCAAUUAGGGACACUUAUUACAUAUGUCUAGCUUGUGUGCCAUUGUGUGCUUAACUGUUGUGUAGCAGCAAGCUCCUGGUAGCAUAUAACCUACCAUGUUUACCUCGUGUAAAUGACUUGACUUAAAAAGAAGGAAAGACCCUCCUUGUUUGCUUAUGGGAGGACAUUGAUUGAUUGAAACUUUUAUUAGUAGAUUGCACAGUACAGUACAUAUUCCGUACAAUUGACCACUAAAUGGUAAGACCCGAAUAAGUUUUUCAACUUGUUUAAGUCGGGGUCCACGUUAAUCAAGUCAUGGUAACAUUCCGUUGUUAACUGUCUGUCCAGCUUUGCUCAAGUAAACAUGCUGCGAGAUUGAUUGUAGCUGAAAUUUUAGGUGCAAGCCGAUAUAAUCCCAUACUUAUUUUUUGCUGAUAUCGGACCAAUUUCCGAUACAAUAAGGUUAGGGUCGCCUUAAUGCCACGGAGUCUAGGGGUGUCGCACACAGACCUGCAUGUGCCCGUUGCGUGCAGCCAGCUGAGAGAUAUGUUAAAUAAAUGUUUUAAAAAUUAUUUAUUUGUUUUGGUGAGUGAGACUAUUAAACUUUGUCAAAUGUGUGCUUUUGUAUCAUUACAUUAUCAUUUGUGUGUGCGUGUGAGUACUAUUAAGGUAUAGCGCAUUAUGUUGAACCAGGUACAAGAGGGAGAGUUACAACUGGUGGACAUCGUUUUUUUUUCUCCAACUCACAGCAUGGCCCCUGACACCGUUUAGAUAAUAGAUAAGAUUAAAAAAAAAAAGAUUAUUAAAUGAUAUGGUGCUUUGUGAAAUUUAACAACAAAUUUAAUCGCCUUACCAACAUUUUUUAACUCAAGUGUUUUGAAGCAGAAACUUUGGGUUCGAUCCCUAUAAAUGUCUGAUUGAAUUGUUAAUUAGAGAAUAGCCCAGUUACUUUGUUAACUUUCUUGUUUUGUACUAAAAAUACAUUAUUAAGCAAUCUGUCAAUUAUUCUUAAAAAUCCAAAACAUGCAUCUAAAUAUUUGAGAGGAAUAGAAUUAAAAUGAUUUCACACAGAUUAAAAAUAGCCACCAAACUGGUAGUUGUGAAGACAAUCGGUCGGCCAACUCUGCCUACAAGUUGUGUUGAUAUUUUCAGAGAGUUGGUAACCAUAGUGGCGACUUGCAGGUAACAUAAUGCGGUGGUCGACGAGUUUGAUGUUUUUAAGAGGUAAUGAUAAUAGUUGCAUGAUGUGAUCAGUUGUUUGUGUUACAGUUUGUGUGUUUUCAACUCAUGUUGACUUACUUGCUGUGGUUCUCAAACUUUUUUGACCAAAUACCCCCUCAGAAAACAUGUUUAACGAUUAUCAUAAUGAUAAACCUUAAAUCACAAGUUAAGUUAAAGUUAAAGUACCAAUGAUUUUCACACACACACUAGGUGUGGCGAAAUGUGCCCUCUGCAUUUGACCCAUCCCCUUGUUCAUCCCUUGGGAGGCGAGGGGAGCAGUAGGCCUCAGCGGUGCCGCGCCCGGGAAUAAUUUUUUGUGGUGAUUUAACCCCCAAUUCCAACCCUUGAUGCUGAGUGCCAAGCAGGGAGGUAAUGGGUCCCAUUUUUAUAGUCUUUGGUAUGACUCGGGCGGGGUUUCAACUCCCAACCUACUGAUCUCAGGGCGGACACUCUAACCCAGGGGUGCCCACACUUUUUCUGCAGGCGAGCUACUUUUCAAUUGACCAACUCGAGGGGAUCUA